CAAAACAAAAUACAGUACUAAUUCUUAAGAAUAUAAAACCAAACUUUGAGAUAAUUCCAUAUACAACGUACUACCUCUGUUUAGAUUGUUGUAAAUAAUUUGAAUCGAAGGUAGUACAUCUCUAGAUUUUAGAAGCGUUGAAAAUAAAAAUAUAUUACCCAAAGCGCACCAAAGCAGCCCAUUGAUGAAAAAUAAAGGCGGGUUUGUAAAAUAUUUGGAACAAGUUUGGAGAAGAAGUUUCCCGCUCUAUGCUCUUCAACUCCAUCAUUUCCCCUUUUCCCCUUGAUUCCUUCCAUUUUCAUUUUUGAGAAUACAGUAAUUGAAGAGAGAGAAAGUGAGAAAGAUAUUGAAGAGGGAUGUUUGGGAGGAUUAGAUCGUCGCCGUCACCAGUGGAAUUGUUGGAAUUAGAGCGUCUUCCUUCCAAGCUUCUUAAACACGAUUCUCUCUCCAUCUAUGAAUCGACGCUUGUGAAGCUCAAGCAAGGCUCUCAGCGUAAUCUUAGCCCGACAACUCUAGAUUCUAUGGAGUAUGAAUCAAACUCGAAUGUUUUGGAGGAUUCACCCAAGGUUUCAGGGUUGUGCGGCGAGCAAGGACGAUUAACUUCCUGUAAUACUGAUAGUUCUUGUAUCAGUGUUUCUUCGAGUCCUAAUCAGGAACAGAAGACAGGCAGAGAGAUCUCAAUACAUUGUCUGUUUUCCAAGUAUGCUAAUUCUCGACAAAAACAAGGGGCAACUGGUUGUAAUGGUGGUUCUUCGGUGAGUAUCUCUACUUGUUCGAGUGAUUCUGAAUCGACAGGUUGCUCAAGAUACUGAGCGCUCGGAAAUCUGUAAUCUCCAAUACUCGACAGUGCUGUUUGGGAAGUUGGCAAUAUUUUGUUUGCUGAUUAAUUUACAGGCAAGGAUGUACAAUGAUUGU